CAAGGAGAUUCUUGUGAGAUCAUAUAGAGGCCAGGAGGAAUUCUGGUCCCUUAAAGAGUAAAAGGGUGUCUGGGGGCCCAGAUUCCUGGGUCCUGAGGAAACAGAGGUGGGGGACGGGGGGGGCGGGGCGUGCGGGACUCCUGGAGCAGAGGGGGGUGAGGGCCGGGGCCCUGCGCUCUUGGGUCGGAGAGGGGGAGAAGCUGGGUGCCCAGAAUCAUGUGUCCUGACAGAAAAGGUGACUGAACCCAAACUCCUGGAUCCCUAGAUCCUGAUCGGUUCUUCCAAACGUCUCUAAGAGAAGCCAUGGGAGCCUGUCAUUUCCAGGUUUUACUGUUCCUGUUUCUCCUAGGAGCCCCGACCUUGAUCUUGGCACAAAACUUGCGUUGUCAAAAGAGUGCAUUCGUGGGCAUAGAAGCGGAUCCAGUAGAGACAUUUAACUGGACCACAGACAAAGCUGAGACUUGUGACAAUGGGGCAUUGUGCCAGGAAACCGUGCUGAUGAUUAAGGCUGCAGGAACCAAGACAGCAAUUUUGGCCACUAAGGGCUGCAGCUCAGACGGGGCACCGGCAAUAACGUUUAUCCAGCACACGCCAGCCCCUGGCCUAGUCGCCAUCUCCUACAGUAACUACUGUGAGGACUCCUUUUGCAACAACAAAGAGGACUUACAUGAGUUAUGGAGGACAGAAGAGAUUGACGCUCCCAGAGGGUCAACAGACCUCCGCUGCCCAACCUGUCUGGCUUUGGGGUCCUGUUUGAAUGCUCCUUCUCUUUCCUGCCCCAACGAUACAAAUCAAUGCUAUCAAGGAAAACUUCAGGUCACUGGAGGAGACCUCAGCGCACCUUUGGAGAUCAAAGGCUGUACAUCCGCAGAUGGCUGCAGGCUGAUGUCUGGGAUCUUUACAAUAGGGCCCCUGCGGGUGAAGGAAACGUGUCCACUCAGGUCUAUCUCUCCCCGAAAGGUUGAAAGUGGGGCCACAUGGCUUCACACUUCAGUCUGGAGGUUAGAGCUACUGCUGCCGCUGUCGCUGCAAGCGCUUGUCCAUUGAGUAGGUGCUUCGGGUCCCGGGUCACGGGACAUCUCUUCUGAGUGGUCAUCAGCAAGCUGAGGGGCAGGUGGAAGCCUGAAGAACAGUCCCAGUGGAUGCAUCUGACAUUUCUAAUAAAGUUUCUGCCACGAUGUGUGUAUGCCUCAAAACUAGAAGUGGCAUUAUUGAGCUAAAAGGGCCC